AUGGAGGAGACAGACGCCGGACCUUCUCAGCUCAACUUCAUUCACGUCGGUACACCGGGACUUCAGCCUCCGUCGCCUUUCAACUUCACCAGCCCUGGGGAAUGGACAACAUGGAUAACGAGGUACGAAGAUUACGCCUUCGCGGCCGGUAUCAACACAGCCACCGACGAGGUGCAGGUGCGAACUCUUUUAUAUUGCAUGGGUUCCCAAGCACGUAGCGUCUUGUCGUCGCUAGGACUGUCUGCUCCGGAAAACCGCCCGUUUGCGGAAGUCAAGGCUAAGCUCACUUCGCAUUUUGUCCACCCUAUCAAUGAGAUUUACGAGAGCCGCCGAUUUCACCGCCGAGUGCAACAACUUGGGGAGCCGGUUGAUGAAUUUUUCACCGCGCUCAGGAAUCUUGUCAAGCGUUGUGGGUACAACAACGCCGAGAUCGAAGACCGCCUUGUGCGAGACAAGUUUGUCGUUGGAUUGCGGAAUGAGAAGCUAUCGGAUCAGUUGUGCCGAUGUACGAAACUUACAGCUGAGGAAGCGUUGUGCCAAGCGCGUGUUCAUGAAGAAGCCGAAAAAGAGCGUCUAUCCCGUGAAACUCCCAGCGAGAACGGGGCCUUUGACAGCUUAAACGUGGACGCGGCGCAACGCGCGAAGAACGCUUCAUCGCGUCGCAGCAAAUCUGUGCAGCCAACUCAGUCUACUUGCGAUUACUGCGGCCGUGGUCACCACUCUCGAAAAGAAUGCCCAGCUCGCAAAGCCACAUGCAAUUUCUGCAAGAAGCAAGGUCAUUUUAUUGCUGUUUGCCGGGCCAAGCAUCGGAAAGAGCUGUUAGGCUCAGUGGAACUUCACGCGCUCAGUACGCGUCGGGCACGAUAUGCCGACAUUCACGUGAAUGGUCACCUCGCACACUUCAAGAUAGACUCAGGGGCCGAAAUAACGGUGGUUUCACCUUCUUUUCCGGCAUUACCUACUGUUUUGGAUAAAGUGGACGCCGAGGUAUCCGGUCCUGGAAAUCAAAGGCUGCACGUUCUGGGAUCUUUCACUGCUACCUUGCAGUGGCGUAACAAAGUGUCUGUGCAAAGACUGUAUGUUAUCAAGAACCAGACGACACACCUCCUGGGAUUACCAGCAAUUGAAGACUUGGGCAUCGUUCAGUUUUUGGACUCUGUGGAUGGUAUUCCGUCAUCUCAAUCAAAAAUUUUUCGUGGGCUUGGCGAAGUACAGGAAGAAUACCACAUCCGCGUCGCUCAAGAUGCUCGUCCCUUUUCAUUAAGUGUUCCUCGACGAAUACCUCUGCCUCUGCUAGAGCAUGUGAAGAAGGAAUUGGAUGAAAUGGAAACCCAAGGAGUCAUUCGCAAGGUUGACACGCCUACCGCAUGGUGUUCAGGCCUCGUCGUCGUGCCGAAGUCGUCGGGCGGGUACAGGCUCUGUGUCGACUUGACGAAGCUUAACAAGGUUAUCCAGCGGGAACGCUACAUUCUGCCGACAGUUGAAGACAUCUUAGGUCAGCUUGGUGGGGCACAAAUUUUUUCCAAGCUCGAUGCAAGAUCCAGCUUCCACCAAAUAAAACUAACUCGUGAGAGUGAAGAACUGACGACAUUCAUCACACCUUUUGGCCGAUAUUGCUACAAGCGUCUUCCCUUUGGCAUUGCGACAGCACCCGAGUAUUUCCAACGCUUCAUGUCGAGACUGCUCGAAGGCAUCACCGGAGUCGUCAACAUGAUAGACGACAUACUCGUCUUUGGUAGGAACCAUCAAGAGCACGACCAGCGUCUAGCUGACGUCUUGGCACGGUUGACUCAAGCGGGUGUCACUCUUAAUGAAAAGAAGUGUCAGUUCAGGGUCUCUUCUGUCAAGUUCUUAGGAGUUGUCGUCAGCCAGCAAGGAAUUAGUCCAGACCCGGACAAAGUCAAGGCUAUCAUGGAUCUCCCACCACCAAUCGAUUAUCGGCUGACGCAAGCUCUCAUGGCCUUGGUGCCGUUUUACUCCAAGAUCAACCGUCAGGAAUUCGACGAGCAGUUGCCUAUGCUUCCAGAUCUCUCACUACUACAGAAGGACGCUACAGUCAAACGGAAAAGGAGUCUCUGGCUGUCACAUGGGCUGUCACCAGCCCAACGCAAGGACAUUCUCGCACUACUGCACGAAGGACAUCAAGGUGUCCGCCGCUGUCAAGUGCGCGCCCGCGAGUGCGUUUGGUGGCCCCAUUGCAGCCAGCAUAUUGAGGACCUUGUGGCUCAAUGUGCUAAGUGUGCUGAGACGCGAACCUUGCGUUCUGAGCCACUGUCACCAACGCCAACACCGGAACGACCAUGGCAACGCCUGGGAAUCGACUUGUUCCACCUGGAAGGACGCGACUACGUCCUCAUUGUCGACUACUACUCCCGAUUUCCAGAAAUAGUCACACUGGGAACUUCAUCAGCAAAAGCGGUUGUUGCUGCGGUCAAGAGUUGUUUUGCCCGUUUUGGGAUACCAGACGUUGUGCGGACGGACAAUGGACCUCAAUUCUCGUCCAAGGAGUUCGCCGACUUUGCAACGGCGUAUCGAUUCUGCCACGAGACCAGCAGCCCUCGAUACCCUCAGAGUAACGGAGAGGUAGAGCGCAUGGUGCGUACCGUGAAAGAUUUGCUGAAGAAAAGCCCGGAUCCGUACCUCGCUCUACUCGCAUACCGAGACACACCUGGAGUUUCGGGCGUCUCUCCAGCUCAGUUACUCAUGGGAAGGAGACUACAAACUCGUCUUCCGGUUCUGCCUGAACGACUUCUUCCGGCCUUACCCAAUCACGAGGAAUUUCAAGCACAGGAUACUGCGGCGAAGUUGAAACAGGCGAAGGACUACAAUAGCCGUCACAGUACUACUCCUCUGAUUUCUCUCAGUAUGGGGGAGGAUGUGUGGAUAAAGGAUUUAGGUUGCAGCGGUCGUGUCCUCAGCCCAGCUCAGCGACCAAGGUCAUAUGUGGUCGAGACUCAAAGUGGUGUUGUCCAGAGGAACCGUUGCCAUCUGGUGCCGUUUGUAGAUGACCAAAAUGUCCAACAGCAAGCAUCAAUGGCUUCAUCACCGACGCAUGGAACCUUGUCAUCAAAUCCGCCAAGAGACUCAGCCUCGACCUCAGCGUCGGAAUCAUUGUCUCCAAGUGCUUCAAGUGCUUCGUGCGCAUCACCUGUGCCGCCUGUGAAGAUGCCUCCCUCGCCUGAAGUGCAGACGCUACCGGUGCAAGCAAGUGCGCCUCAGUGUGAUGAACCUAAGCGUACGCGUUCUGGCCGUGCCGUGAAACCGCCGCGCAGGUUGAACAUGUAA